GCGUGAGUGCGCGGAGUCGCGCGCCUGUCCCCGCGCGGGCUCCGUAGCGCGUGUGCAGGCUGACGCAGCCCGCGGGCCCUCCUCCUGCUCUGCAGCGGCAUCGGCGGAGUUUUGGGCGUUUGGGAGGGGGCGAGGGAGCUAGAGUCGAGAGAGGGAGGCGGUGGCGGCGGCGGGGAGGAGGAGGAGGAGGAGGAGGAGCAGGCGCCGCCAUGGCCGCCGCUAUCACCGACAUGGCCGACCUGGAGGAGCUCUCCCGCCUGAGCCCUCUGCCCCCCGGCAGCCCCAGCCCGGCGGCGCGGGGCCGGGCUGAGCCUCCGGAGGAGGAGGAGGACGAAGAGGAGGAGGAGGCGGAGGCCGAGGCGGUGGCGGCGCUGCUGCUGAACCGCGGCAGCGGUGGGGGCGGCGGCGGCGGAGUAGGGGGCGGUGAGGCGGAGACGAUGUCGGAGCCGAGCCCCGAGAGCGCCAGCCAGGCCGGGGAGGACGAGGACGAGGAGGACGACGAGGAGGAGGAAGAGGACGAGAGCAGCAGCAGCGGCGGGGGCGAAGAGGAGAGCAGCGCCGAGAGCCUGGUGGGCAGCAGCGGCGGGAGCAGCAGCGACGAGACGCGUUCGCUGAGCCCCGGCGCCGCCAGCAGCAGUAGCGGGGAUGGGGACGGCAAGGAGGGCCUGGAGGAGCCCAAGGGACCGCGGGGCAGCCAGGGCGGCGGCGGGGGCGGCAGCAGCAGCAGCAGCGUCGUCUCCAGCGGCGGCGACGAGGGCUACGGGACCGGGGGAGGCGGAAGCAGUGCGACCUCCGCGGGCCGCCGAGGUAGCUUGGAGAUGUCGUCGGACGGGGAGCCCCUGAGCCGCAUGGACUCGGAGGACAGCAUAAGCAGUACUAUAAUGGAUGUAGACAGCACAAUUUCCAGUGGGCGUUCAACUCCAGCAAUGAUGAAUGGACAAGGAAGCACUACUUCUUCAAGCAAAAAUAUUGCCUAUAAUUGUUGUUGGGACCAGUGCCAAGCUUGCUUCAACUCUAGCCCAGAUCUGGCCGAUCACAUCCGUUCCAUACAUGUAGAUGGUCAGCGAGGAGGGGUAUUUGUUUGCUUAUGGAAAGGUUGUAAAGUCUAUAACACUCCAUCCACCAGUCAGAGUUGGUUACAGAGGCAUAUGUUGACACACAGUGGAGACAAACCUUUCAAGUGUGUUGUCGGUGGCUGUAAUGCCAGCUUUGCUUCUCAGGGAGGGCUAGCUCGCCAUGUACCCACACACUUCAGCCAGCAGAACUCCUCAAAAGUUUCUAGCCAGCCAAAGGCCAAAGAAGAAUCUCCUUCUAAAGCUGGAAUGAACAAAAGGAGGAAGCUAAAGAACAAGAGACGGCGCUCAUUACCACGACCACAUGAUUUCUUCGAUGCACAAACACUGGAUGCGAUAAGACAUCGAGCCAUAUGCUUUAACCUCUCAGCUCAUAUAGAAAGUUUAGGGAAGGGACACAGUGUUGUUUUUCAUAGUACUGUAAUAGCUAAGAGAAAAGAGGAUUCUGGAAAGAUAAAACUUUUGCUUCAUUGGAUGCCUGAAGACAUUCUGCCUGAUGUGUGGGUGAAUGAAAGUGAACGACAUCAAUUAAAAACUAAAGUAGUUCAUUUAUCAAAGCUACCCAAAGAUACCGCCUUGCUUUUGGACCCAAACAUAUACAGAACAAUGCCGCAGAAGAGGUUGAAGAGAACUCUGAUAAGACAAGUGUUCAAUUUGUAUUUAACCAAACAGUGAACGACAUUUGCAAUCAACUAAAAAUUCGUCUAUCGAAUUAGGGCUGAAAAUUACUGUUAAAGAGUGUUGCAGUAUGUCUCGUGGCUCCCUUUUCAGGACUAGGGUUUUCUCAUGGAGUACAGUAUGUUAAUAUUUACCUAUAUAAUCUGUUAACGGUUUUUGAAAAACCUCUCUUUGAAAUUAUUUGAGUAAUCUUUCCAUACUUUCAUUUAACCUGUAUGACUCUAAUUUUUUUCCGAGGAAAGCAUUUGGUUUUUGGCUUGUUUUUUCUUAAUGUAAGAAAAAUUGUAUUUUUUUUAAAAGUAUCUUCAAACUGAAUCCUUUAUGCACCAAAGUUGGUUUUGAAAAGAAAAAUAAAAUCACUUUCUUGCUUGGUAAGCAAGAAGCCAUAUGGAUUUUUUUUAACUUACAGAAAUGGAAAUAUGUGUAACUUGUUAGUAUUGUAUCAAACAAAUGUUGCAUAGAGAUAAUAGAACAUCGCUUGUAAAUAAUUCAGCAGAUUUGUAAUAUAUUUUUAUAUUUUGAAAAUGUACUGUAGAUGUUUUUCUAGAGGCAUGAAAGUUAAAUGUAUAUAUUAUGGUAGAAAUAAUAUUGAAGGAUAUUGUAAUUCACUAGUGCUGCCAGAGGAAUUGUUAAUAAAGCACCUUCUUUAACAAUAAAUGUCUUUUGCAGACUUAAGGGACUAUGUACUACUGUUAAUAUCUAUACGAACAAACACAUUGAACAUCCUUCCAGAAAGUCUUUGAGGGAGGACCUAUACCCAUAAUAGAAUUAUGGCACUCAUUUCUGACAGUGAUCGUGAAAUCAAUUAUUUCCUUACUGUUGGAAGGACAUAUUUUAAAGUAUGUGGUUAUAUGCAGUCAAACUGCAGAAAAUACUCCUGAUUGAGGAGUUUUCACUUUACUACAGUGAUAUAAAAACCAGCAGUUUUUACACUAAAUUUUUUAAGAAAGAAUAGACAAAAAUAUAAAAUUAAACCUUUGGUUCCAAAAUGGGAAAGGUUCCAUAAUACAUAAAUCAUUUCUCAUUUGCUUUAAAAAACUAAAAAAUAAAAAUUAUAGGAGGCUUUAUUCAUUAACAAUGGGGUAAAGAGCUAUAUACAUGAAAUGAAUCUUAUAAAAUUAAAUGAAGUGCAAAUAGAAGCACUGCUAUUAUAAGACAUUCUGGAAUGGUUGUUUAAUAAGGGUCUUAUCCAUAUGAUCUGUAGCAAAUGUGAUUUAUUUUUAAAAAGAAAAGAAAAGCAGUGUGUUUUCUUACUAUUUUUUUGUUUUCUUUUGCUUAAGCACUUCAUCAAUUGCUUUAUUCUGUAUCUGCAAAGUAAUCUGCAAUCUCCUUUGUUCUUUUUAAAAUUUGAUUUGUUAUAAAAUUGCCAAAUAGAAGUGUUUCAGAUAUAUAGUUUGUACCUGUAUUUUUAUUUUAUUGUCCCAUUUUCUUGUAAGUCAUUCUUAAUUGACCGAUGAUUGUAGACCUUGCUUGAGUAUUUUUUCUAAUAAAACAAAGCAAAUCACAUUUAGCUUCAA